CUCUCGAAUAUGAUUGAAUAUAUAUGUAUAUAGAGAUGAUGCAAAAUUACAUGUCUUUAAUAGACUCUCCAUAUUUUGUUUUUUUGACAUUUGGUUAAAUUUGCGCCAAUGAAAGACACCAACAUGUACGAUCUAAAUUCAAAACAGAAUCGACAAACGGAUGGCUCCGCCAUAAGGACUGUGAAGGCCAUAUUUGACUUUGUUAUAAUAACAUUGAUGACUGUAUCGGUAUUCGUAGCAGUGAUAACAGCAAGAGAUCAGGACUCUCGUUGGGGUGAAAUUAUACCUAUAAUAAUAGGAGCUCUAUUGUUUCCUAUAUCACUCUACGUUUUCCAAGGUAUACAAACCGUUGUAGAUACCAUUAAGAGCAGUCUGGUCCUUAGAAGGCGCCACAUUGAUGCAUUGUCCCAUAUAGACAGUUCCGUAUGUCGAUCUGAUGACGACGUUAAAUAUGGAUUCCGACGCUGCGUGUCCUCAAUUCUCAAAACGGUUGAGACGAUCAAGAUGCGUUACUCAAAUGCCAAGCUGUCGUUAACGUUUAUGAUGCAAAAUUCGUGUCUAACGUUGAUUUUCUUGGAUAGUCUCAAGCUCGUUUUAUGGUUUAUCACUCUAACAUACUGGAGAAGGAAUGAUGAUACUAUGGUGUGGAAAAUAGAUUUAACGCCUCCUACGAUUUAUAAGUUACAUUAUGCAUCACUAUCGCUGACCAAUGCAGAAUUGUGUCUGUUCUUGCUUGCAACUACAGAAAUAACAGAUGUUCUUGGAUCGUUCGAAUUCUGGAUCAAUAUUUUCCUACUCCCUCCACUUAUGUGUCUCAUCAAAGUUAUCGUAUGCAAUCACCUCACUUAUUUCCACUUGUACUGGAUGAUGGGAUUUCUGUUGUGGAUAAAGCAUUUCUUGAUUUUAGAUAAGACUAUUCAUAUGAUACGUGGUGGAAUAGUGCAUGGAGCCCAUAGAACAUAUAAAAUAGUGUUAGGCAUAUUCAUUAUGACCAACGCCUUUGCUAGUGUUAUGUAUGUUUUGCAGGGCAUACACCCUAACUCGGGAGUAGAUUCUGCCUUUAAACAUGCAUUUAAGCAAUAUGGCGAAUUUUUCUACUACUCGCUGAUUACGUUCUCAACCGUUGGUUAUGGUGAUAUAACACCUUUGACCAUAGAAGCAAAACUUGUGGCGCUAUGCUUUAUCAUUUUUAUGCUUGUCUGGAUCCCCUAUGAAAUGAAUAACUUCAUCCAAGGUGUUGAUAGGGAAAAGGAGAUUUCCGGACACUUGUAUUUCUGGGGUUCAAUGCAAUCAUCAAUCGUCUUGAUUGGUGAAGUCGACCCAAUACAACUUUCGUUGUUCAUUGCCAAGAUAUACUAUUCAGGAUUGAAGCUGAAGAUUAUAGUCAUAUCUACUCUAAGCAUGUCUUCAUAUGAAAUACAGAUUAAUCAGGCCAAGAUUUUGCGCGUUUCACUCUGCAUAGUAUUGGAUGAUCCGGGUAUUAACGGUAACGUGGAUAUCCUGCAUACAAUCAAAGCAAAGGAUGCCGUUGGUACCUUCGUUCUCUCAUCAUUUAAACAUGGAGAUCCAAGAAAGGCCGAUAUGAAAACUGUCGGGCGUGUUAUAAGUCUUAAAAAAUUUGGUAUAAGCGCAGAUCGUGUGAUCAUUCAGUAUUGUUCAACUCUGCGCCCUCAAAUCGCCCAUAGACCAUACACCAAUGUAGUUAACCUCUACCGCUUCAAGUCAGCAAUUAUCGCAAAGAAUAUCACGUGCCCCGGGAUCAUUACAUUGAUCAUAAACUUAUCCUUGACGCAUAGUGCAAUCGUGCAGAGAUGUAAAGGCGAUGACCUGUACGAUAAUUACGUCAGAGGUAUAGGGAGAAGGCUACGUACAAUAGCAAUAUCGGAACGCUUGGUUGGUACCGAUUUUGACACGCUGUGCUCUAAUUUGUACAACAUCCAUGGAUAUAUCGUAAUUGGGAUCAUACAUGGUAAUCAUAACUAUCGUACAUACCAACUCAAUCCUUCGGGAAGUGGGUAUAUGAUCCGUCCCGGAGAUCGAGCUGUGCUCGUCGCGGAUGUGGAAUCUUCUAGCAAAACAAAACAUGAUAUCGUAACAAGCGGUAGGAAUUCUACAGUGCCCAUAAGAAGUAGUAUGAUCAGCCUGGUUCUCAAUAGGAUCGGUAGUGAUAUUACCGCCAGUCUGGAUGAAAUGGAUAAUGAUGGUAAUUUGUACCCAAUGUUAAAUCAACCUAGUCUGGAUAACGGCGUUGAUAACAAAGUACAUGAGGACGCCUUGGUGUUACAAGUUAGUCCAACUGAAAAUAACUCUAUUAUAGUGGAUUCAAUCUGCCAGGCUUGUCGAACAGUUUUCCAGGAUCCGUGUCGACCUGUUAUGGUUAUUGUCGGCUACUCUGAAUUCGUGAUUCAGCUAUUAUUGUAUUUCCAGGAGUUAGAUGAAUUCAAUGUAGUCAUCUUUGGCAAAGAAGUCUCAGUUAAGGUUAACCCUUUGCCCUUGCAACGGUUCAAAGCGUUCCUUGCCUUGAUUGAUGGUGACCCAAUGUCGGAUGUAGAUGUCAAAAGAGCUGAGCUUUUUAUGGCGUGCUACAUAUAUGUGAUACCGAGUCCCGAGUUAGAUGCACCUGGUGAUUCAGAGGCAGAUUUGGAUGUACGGACUAUUGUUACAUAUAGACAUCUAAAAAGCUUGAUACAAGCAUCCAUCAAAAAGCGUGGUAAAUCGAAAACUGGAACCAGCAUCUACGGCCUUGUAGAGUUGAAGUGUGGAACAAACGUUUCCUACCUAGAUGAUACAAUGUGGUCAGCGUGGAAUGUAUUAGACAAGAAGCUGGACCCUUCGUUGUCGUACAUUCAUUCCGUAGAGUUUUCUAGAGGACAGUUCAUUAGUGAUGAAAUGCUAUACAGCGUCACAAUGAAUACCAUGUUCAUCCAUGAAGAUUAUGCGUUGUAUCGUAUUCUAUUCGACCUAGUUAGCGUGUCUGCCAUAGAUGGGGAUACGCGUGGUAUUGAAUUAUUACCAGUUGAAGAUAUCAUUACUCAAUGUAGCAAACCGACAUUCGGACAGUUGUUUAACUAUAUGCAUACCAAGAUGCAUAUCAUUCCUAUUGGUAUUUAUAGAAUUGGGAAUGAGCCCAUGGAGAACGGUGUUAUGUGUGCUCCAGCCGCAGAGUUUUUAGUACAUGCAACAGAUAUGGUCUAUGUCAUUUCCAAAAACAACACACGUACUAUGUAAUUUCUUAAGCUUUA